GGGUCAGCAGUUAAGAAGGUUUUGGUAUCACUGGCAGCAGUCAGCUGAUGAUAGUAAACACGACCCAACAUAAUGAGUUGGUGCUCCUCCAAAUGAAUUUCCUCUCAUAGCGAGAAGCUCCAUGAGUCACGCUAGUAGGGGAUUGGUGGAGGAUGGUAGCUGUAAGCAGGAUGGUCUGCCGCUUUGUUCCCUGGCAGAGCUCAAGCUGCGCUUCUUGUGCCCUAGUGAUUUGCCUGAGGUUAAAACUUUGUGUCGAGAGUGGUUUCCAAUUGAAUACCCUGAUGUGUGGUAUGAAGACAUUACAACUCACCAACGUUUCUAUGCUCUGGCUGCAACUUUUCAUUCACAAAUCAUUGGCCUGCUGGUCGCAGAGACAAAACCUUUGUCUAAGAUGAAUAAGGAGGACCAAGAUAUCUUGCCGCCUUCUUUGACUGUUCAGACACAAAUUGGCUAUAUCCUGACACUUGGUGUGAGUGAUGCUCAUCGUGGCCAUGGAAUUGCAUCACUAUUGUUGGACAACUAUUUAGCCCAGCUGUCUGCUCAUGAGACUCCUCGCAUACAAGCCGUGCUUUUACAUGUGCUAACCACAAAUCAACGUGCCAUCGCAUUUUAUCAACGACGCAACUUUGUGCGACACACUUUUCUACCUUACUACUACAAUAUAAAAGGCAAACCAAAGGAUGGCUUUUCCUACGUCAGAUACAUCAAUGGGGGUCACCCACCAUGGACUCUCAUAGACUACCUGCAACACUGGACUCGUGCAUUAUCUGUAGUGGAGGUAUGCUGGUGGCCAGUGCGAGUAGUAUCUAAAUUUUGGGGCCUUAUCGCUCGGUCUGCUACUGCUGUCAUGACCCAUCGUCUCUCCUAGCAUAAG